AUGGCUGAUAAAAGCGUAUUGAAUGAAAAUGAACCCAUGUUGCCAGAACAAACGAAACGUGCAGCUUCUGCGAUAGGAAAACUCUUAUUUUUCAGUUGUCUCAUGUUCACCUUGCCUUUCGGAGCCUUUUUUGGAACUAAAGCUGUGCUCAAAAAUUAUCUAGAUGUUGUAGGGUUUGCAAACACUUGUUGGGCUGUUGUUUUGGCUGUUGUCACUGUUAAUUUGAUUAUAGUAGUUUAUGCAUACAUUGCUUAUUUAGAACCUGAUUAUGAUGAACAAGGAAAUAUUAUUCAACCAGUGUCUGAGAAAAAGAAAGAGUAG